CGUGGCCGAGACGUGACAUCCGGAGGCCGAUGUUGAAGUGGCCGUGCUUUCUCCCACCGGCUUUGUCGUUGCCCGCUGAAGGUCUUCUUGAGGUGGGCUCCACAGACCCCCCACAUACCGUCAGGAAUAAUAGCGAGGGUAGGACAAAAGGGUAGCGGGAACUGUAGGGGAAGUUUUUAGUUUGGAUAUGGAAUAGUUCGUGGGUUUCACACCGAUUCAUGCUAAAUGUGCUGUCAUGUGUUCCGUGGGAAGCGAAGGGGGAGAGCGAGGGAGGCGAGAGAGGGGAGACGAGAGGAGGAUGCGGUGGGCGUGGGAUCAGCAGCAGCUGCUGCUGCUGCUGCUGCGGGGGCGGGAGAACCGAGGGCGGGUGUGGGCGGGGGCGAUCCUGCUGUGGCUGUUGCUCAUGCUGGCCACGCCCAGGAUCUCCCACUCCCACGCCUUCCACCUCUUCGCCGAUAUGCGCAACUUCUUGGGUGUUCCGAAUACUUUAAAUGUGCUCACGACCUUCCCCUUUUUGCUCGUCGGAGUCCCCGGACUCGUCCUCUGCCUCUCGGGCUGUUGCUUCGGCAUAAGCUUGAGAGGAGAGAUGUGGGGCUGGGCGUUCUUCUAUGCCGCGACGGCCACGGCUGCUUUUGGGUCCGCUUAUUAUCAUCUGAGGCCCGACGAUGAUCGCGUCGUUUGGGACAAAUUGCCGACGAUGACUUCAGCUUCUUCGCUCUUAUCUAUAUUAGUUAUAGAGAGAAUAGAUGAGCGGAUGGGCAUUUCUUGUUUGUCUUCCCUCAUAACACUUGUUCUUGUUAGCAUUGCAUGUGAGAGGACUUUCGAUGAUCUGCGAUUGUGCAUGAUGUUCCACAUUGUGCCAUGCAUUGCAAUCCCUGCUUUGCUCUUCUUAUUUCCACCCAAGUAUACACAUUCCAGAUUUUGGUUUUGUGCAACAGGAUUUUACCUUCUAGCUAGAUUUGAAGCCAUUGCUGAUAAGAAAAUUUACAGUGCAAGUCGAUACAUCAUAAGUGGGCACUCUUUGGAGCACCUGUGUUUGGCAAUGGUUCCUAUCAUACUUACAGUGAUGCUUUGGUUCAGAAGUAUUAAGAUUGCCAGGGACUCUUAAUGCAGGUCUCUUUAAGUCCUUAUUGCUGGAAGCACCGCUGCACCAGCACCGCCAGUGAUCAUCUUCUGGUACCAUCAAAGUUCCCGAUAUGUGAGAGCAUCAAGAAACAACUUGGUGAUUGCAUCAAACUGACACUGACCUGAAAGUUAAUAUAAGCCCUAGUUGAUGUUUGGUGACUACGUUGAUCAUUUACUUUCUUUGUAGGAUUUUUAGAGUAGCAAUUGCCUGUUGCUUCUUGAUGCAUCAUCAGAUGAUGUAAAUGACUUGACUGAUUAAAGCGCAAUUUUCCGAAUCGCAAAAUGUACUGGAUGCGUCAGCCAUUGUGAAUUGUGGAUUUUGAGA